AUGGCCCAGCUCCCAUCAAAGGUGCACCUCUACUCGCACCCCAUCUGCCUGAGGCGUAGGCCCUCGGUGUAUGAGGACGAGAAUGAUGGCACAUGGUUGCCCCUCGUCAUGGAGACAGGAGGUGUCCUGCAUGUACGGUUGCGCCAGGAAGACAUCCCCAGUGGGGAUAUCCCACUCACCACCAGCCCGCUGACCUUGUGCGCCAUGCCUUUGAUGUGGACGCUCCACCUUGGCAGCCAGUACCUGUACUGCAGAUGCCGGUUCUGGCGCGUCGUGCACCACAUCAAGGAGAAUGGCGUGGAGGAAAUGGUCCUUCAGUUGAUAGAAGACGCCUAG